GUUUGCUAUCUUAUCAGGCGAGAUAUUACGCGCCCUGUGCGAUAGUACACUAUGUGUUUCAUGACAAAAGCACCGGAUUAAUGUGAUUGAAAAAAUAUGAAGAAGUUACUUAUCCUUUUGUCGUGUCUUUCUCUCUCGAAGUGCAGUGUUUUGCCAAGUAUCCCUGAACACUUGGUGGCAUGCUACAGAACGGGCGGUCCUCCUCUGAGGGCUCCCCGACGCCUAGAUGUGUUCUUGUCCCUUUUGAAGAAAGUUGAACUUGAUUCCAAACUAGAUACACGACUUUUGGCUACUUCUUUACUUAGAAGUCUCCGUCUCGAUGGCAUAGAAGAAGCGAGUAACGCUAUAGAAACGGACUUUAUAUUGCCGUAUAGAGCGUCAGCGUUUCAGUUCUUCAAGUACAAGAUUCUGUUGGAUCUAUUUCUGCCAGCACAAGAUCUCCUCACCAUCGAUGAGAUUCUUUCAUUGGAUGAGAAAUGUAUGCUACACAAGUUGCUGAGUUCUACGGUGAGGCGCUGGGAGAGAGGGGAUGAGAAUGUGGUGUGCCCGCUAUCAGUUCAAAUGCGGGACACGAUGGCAGCCCAGAGCUCUGGUAGAAUACACAGCCGCUGUCCAAUAGAAGAUGGCGUCAUACAGACUAAAUGGGGGCCCGUCGCAAUCGGGACCAUCGUAGCCGGUGUCGCGGCCUCCCUCGAGAACCAGAGUGUACCGGUCACCGAGAUCCUCAACCAAGACGUCUUUAGUGCAGGCAUAGCUGAGCCUUUGAUGACUUCGGCGAAACAGGAGUGGCUAGAUGAUAUAGAAACUCUUCCUGGUAAUGAGCGCACUCUAAUAACUGAAGCUGAAAUAAACAACAUUUGGGUUGCCACCUUAGCAGGCGAUCUCGCUGAAGUGGUUAUUAACCAAGGCCCUCGAUUCGGGGCAUCUUCAUUGCUCGUGCUCGGUUCCAACAACAGAUGGAACGACACACUGUUACCACGAGACCAUUAUAUUUUCCCACAAAACGCAUCGUUUGUUGACUGGCAGUUCACGGACGCGGAAAUUUUAGCCGGGAUUGAUGGUUUAAUCCUAUCAAGUUACGUCCCGAAAUGGUUAGAGGAGAGGCGAACAUUGCGACUAUCUCAGAUAAUAGAGAUGUAUUAUUCAAAUGAAGGUGUCUCGUUCGACACAAAUGUUCGGGCGUGUGAUCGCAAGACGCUAUUUAGAAAUGUCUUUAACGCCACUCAGCUUACCUCCCAGACUUCCAGGUUAGCGCAUGUGCUCUCACUGUGGCAGAUCACAGUUUACAUCCCGUAUGAGGAAAUGGAUAGAAUAAGCGGGGCAGCAGUCACAGUCUUUGAAAAUUACCUUAAUAGUAUAUUAAGCAAAUACCACAAAGACUGCGAACCUAGUCAUAGUAUACCGGUGAUGGACCUCGUGGUGGCUACCGAUGGCUCUUGGAAAGGAUACGAUGUCGAACAGUUCAUGUCAUGGAUGGGUGACGCACUCGAGAUAAACAUGCAGCGAAGCACCCUAGGCCUGUUGCAUGGGAACACAGCACAAUGGGUUGUCCCUCUUGCCGAUAACCUAACUACUGUUUUUUCACAUAUAAAUAACUUCACUGACGAGUGGCCUAAUCGCAUUAAUAUACCCAAUAUUAUAUCAACUAUAAUCCAAUUCGAGCGCAACAAAACUCUAUCGUCCGUGGACGCCAAAGCCAGCGCUGCGCCGGCCACCGUGGUCCUCAUAGUGAGCCCUACUGACCGCCCGACCUCGGGCGACCUUGAGAAGUCAAGGUCAUUAAUGCAAUCCCUAAGAGCCAGCUUUUUCGACGUCUACUUUGUGUACGCAUCGACAGACUUGACAGAUUUUCAGGAUAUAAAUAACAUGUAUUUGGAUUACUCAGAACUGUUUUUGCAGUUGCCAUCAGCGAAUGUCCACAACAUUAUUGAAUCAGUCGACAUGAAUAUUGUUCAAAAUGAAAUCCCGACCGCUUUGAUGGGAAUGCAUUGUCCUUUCAAUGGUACAACUUUUGAACAAAUCGAAUAUGAGGACUUCGUGAUACCAAGUCGCACUAAAGGCUACCGUAUACAUCCAUUCUAUUUGAGACAACAACAGCUUGUUUCGGUACAAUUUCGAAAUAAUGGACAGGGACAGUUGUUGGUAUGCACAUAUCGGGGUGUUGAAACCUCACACACAUGCCAGACAUUAGCUGAAAGAGAAACUUAUAAAUUUAAUUUGACUACUCCAUGCCAAUCGCCCGAGUUUUGCUUGCCAGCACAUUAUACAGUGAGUGUUCGUUCAUCAUCCAACAUAUGUGCAAAUUCGGACUGCCGCCUUCCAAAUCAAGUGGGGUACUACAUUCAACAUUCUGGUCUAACUUGUCUCCCCAUAAGAGGAUCCGCCUUCAAGAUUUCAAACUGGAUGAUUCAUACUUUUCUGACACUAAUAAUCUCACUAUUAUUACUUAGCUAAGCAUAAACAUAAAAUUAAUAAAUGUUUCCAAAAUAUA